CAACGAUUGGACGAACUCUCGGUUGGCCCCGCCCCUGAGGGCGUGGCUUGAGGGAUAGCGGAGCGGAGCGGAGGGUGCGGCGGGAGCGGAGCGGAGCGGAGAACGGAGCGCCAUGCUCGCCAACGCGGCCUCGGUGCGGAUCCUGAUCAAGGGGGGGAAGGUGGUGAACGACGACUGCUCCAUGGAGGCCGACGUCUACAUCGAGAAUGGCAUCAUCCAGCAAGUGGGGCGCGAGCUGAUGAUCCCCGGUGGUGCCAAGGUGAUCGACGCCAGUGGCAAGCUGGUCAUCCCCGGCGGCAUCGACACCAGCACCCACUUCCACCAGACCUUCAUGAACGCCACCUGCCUCGAUGACUUCUAUCAUGGCACCAAGGCGGCGCUGGUGGGGGGCACGACGAUGGUGCUGGGCCACGUGCUGCCUGCCAAGGAGCGCUCGCUGGUGGAUGCCUUCGAGCGGUGCCGAGCGCUCGCAGACCCCCAGGUGUGCUGCGACUACGCCCUGCAUGUGGGCGUCACCUGGUGGGCGCCGCAGGUGAAGGCGGAGAUGGAGACGCUGGUGCGGGAGAAGGGAGUGAACUCCUUCCAGAUGUUCCUGGCCUACAAGGAGCUGUACAUGCUGCGGGAUGGGGAGCUGUACCAGGCUCUGCGUGCCUGCCGGGACAUCGGGGCCAUCGCCCGCGUGCACGCCGAGAAUGGGGACCUGGUGGCUGAGGGAGCGAAGGAAGCGCUGGAGCUGGGCAUCACCGGGCCUGAGGGCAUCGAGAUCAGCAGGCCUGAGGAGCUGGAGGCGGAGGCCACGCACCGCGCCAUCACCAUCGCCAACAGGACGCACUGCCCCGUCUACCUGGUGAACGUCUCCAGCAUGGCGGCGGGGGACGUCAUCGCAGCUGCCAAGAUGCAGGGGAAGGCGGUGUACGCAGAGACGACGACGGCGCACGCCACGCUGACGGGGCUGCACUACUACCACCAGGACUGGUUCCACGCCGCCGCCUACGUCACCGUGCCCCCGCUGCGCCUCGACACCAACACCUCCGCUCACCUCCUCAGCCUGCUCGCCAGCGACACCCUGAACGUGGUGGCCUCGGAUCACCGCCCGUUCAGCGCCAAGCAGAAGGCGAUGGGCCGCGAGGACUUCACCAAGAUCCCGCACGGCGUCAGCGGGGUGCAGGACCGCAUGAACAUCAUCUGGGAGCGCGGCGUGGUGGGGGGCAAAAUGGACGAGAACCGCUUCGUGGCCGUCACCAGCUCCAACGCGGCCAAGCUGCACAACCUGUACCCCCGCAAGGGCCGCAUCGUGCCCGGCGCCGACGCCGACGUGGUGGUGUGGGACCCCGAGGCCACCAGGACCAUCUCGGCCAGCACCCAAGUGCAGGGAGGGGACAUCAACCUGUAUGAGAACAUGCGGUGCCACGGCGUGCCGCUGGUCACCAUCAGCCGCGGGCGCGUGGUCUACGAGAACGGAGUCUUCAUGUGUGCCGAGGGCACCGGGCGCUUCUGCCCGCUGCGCUCCUUCCCCGACUGCGUCUACAAGAAGCUGGUGCAGCGCGAGAAGAGCUUAAAGCCGAGGGCCGUGGACCGCAGCCCGUACCUGGGGGACGUGGCAGCAGUGGUCCACACGGGGAAAAAAGACACGGGGACACCCUUGGCUGAUACGCCCACCCGGCCUGCCACGCGCCACGGGGGCAUGAGGGACCUGCACGAGUCCAGCUUCAGCCUGUCCGGUUCGCAGAUCGAUGAUCACGUCCCCAAGCGCGCCUCGGCCCGGAUCCUCGCCCCCCCCGGAGGGCGAUCAAGCGGCAUUUGGUAACGCCGAGGUGCUGCCUCCCAAGUGAGGAUGCAGGCAGCCCUCGGGCGGGGCCCCCCCGAGCCCCGCGCCCCCGGCUCAGCCGAGAAGUGGCCCCUCCCGAGGGGUGCCCCGGUGGAUGGGGGGGACCCCCUGGAGCUGUGCUGUAGGGCCGUGGGUCUGAGCCCCAGCGAUGGGGCCGGGG